AUGUUCUCCAGACAAGCCGCUCGUCCUGCUCGCCUUUUCGUCGCUCGUAACUAUGCAACCAAGUCGCCCAAUGAUGUUGUCAUUGCUAGCGCUGUUCGUACCCCUGUCGGCUGCUUCAACGGUAGCUUGAAGUCCUUGUCAGCUCCCAACCUUGGUGCCAUUGCUGCUCGUGGAGCCAUUGAGCGUGCUGGCUUAAAGCCCGAGCAAAUUGAGGAGGCUUACAUUGGCAAUGUUCUUCAGGGCAAUCUCGGCCAAGCACCUGCACGUCAAGUCGUGCUUGAAGCGGGUUGCCCUGAAAGCACUGAAGCUACCACCAUCAACAAGGUCUGCUCCUCCGGUAUGAAGGCUGUCAUGAUGGCUGCUCAAUCUAUCAAGCUUGGUGAUCGUGAUGUCAUGUUGGCUGGUGGUAUGGAAAGCAUGUCCAACGCUCCCUACUACUCCAAGCGUAACCUUCUCUUUGGUCAUCAACAACUCUCUGAUGCUAUCAUCAAGGAUGGUUUGUGGGAUGUCUACAACCAGAUUCACAUGGUAACCAUUAUAUUGACUCAAAAUACCGCCAAGGUCCAAAACAUUAGUCGUGAGGAGCAGGAUGCUCACGCUUUGGAAUCUUAUCGUCGUGCUGCCAAGGCUUGGGAGAAUGGUGUCUUUGACAAUGAAAUUGUUCCCGUUUCCAUCAAGUCCAAGAAGGGUGAAGUGAUUGUCAAGGAGGAUGAGGAAUACAAGAACGUAAAGUAUGAAAAGAUCCCCACUUUGCGCCCUGUUUUCCAAAAGGAUGGUACUGUUACUGCUGCUAAUGCCAGCACCAUCAACGACGGUGCCUCUGCUUUGGUGCUCAUGAGCCGUCAAAAGGCCGAGGAAUUGGGUGUCAAGCCUUUGGCUCGUAUCCUUGCCUAUGCUGAUGCCGCCACUGCUCCUAUUGAUUUCACUAUCGCUCCCAGCAUGGCCCUUCCUAUUGCUUUGAAGAAGGCUGGUGUUGACAUCAAGGAUAUCAGCUUGUUUGAAUUGAACGAAGCUUUCAGCGUUGUCGCUAAGGCCAACGAGAAGAUUCUUGGUCUUGACCCCGCCAAGGUUAACGUUGCUGGUGGUGCUGUUGCAUUGGGCCAUCCUAUUGGCUCCUCUGGCUCUCGUAUCAUUGUCACUCUUACUCACUUGCUCAAGUCUGGUGAGCUUGGUGCUGCUGGUGUCUGCAAUGGUGGUGGUGCUGCCAGUGCAAUCGUCAUCCAGAGAGAAUAA